UAAGAUCUAUCUUCAUUUUCUUAUUUCGAUGAUCACUACAUGAUGUGAUAUGUAACAACAUCCCAUCAUUCGGAUCUAAGUCUCUAAGAAGCAACAUUCUUUCGUAGGUUACCUACUAGCCCCGAAAUGCCGUACUUUCUAUGGACUUUCGCAGCAAAAGAUGGAAUAGUUUGAGAUUAUUCUACCGGAUCAUCUAGAAAUGCAAUGUAAGGGAGGAGAAGAUUGAAUUUAUCUCUUCUGCGACGUUCGCCAAGCUUAAUCAAUUGUCAAUUGUUCAUCAACGUUGGCCAAAUAAAUCAUCAAAAAAAUAUCAGGUUUUCUUGAAAUUGUAGAGGGAAGAAGAAGAACAAAAGAUGGGUUGCACUUCAAUGAGCAUAUCAACAUCUCAAAUUGCAGCAGCAAAAAAAGAUAUUUGUAAAGAGCACAACAACAAUGGUAAUUUGUGUCGAUCGCAUUCCAACAUGGAAUUAUGUCAACGUGCAAGUUUACGGAGAUCACAUUCCGAUCCGCAACUUCGGUGUUCGAUUCGUGCAACAUCAACAGAGUCGAAAUUGAGAACUAGCAAGUCAUCAGUGGGUAUAUUUCAUCAAUUCCAAAUUUCAAGUUCGUUGCUACCAAAUAAGGUACGGUCGCUUUUGUUCGAAACGGAAAAAAUGAAACUAGUUGAGCAUCAUGAGAGGGAGGAAGUGGAGGAACAUGAACAUCAUUACGAGGAGGAAAAAGAGAGGGAGCAGGAGAAGAGAGCUAAUUGGGUGGAAAGACUUUUAGAGCUUAGAAGCCAGUGGAAGAAUCGACAACCGUAUGAUCAAACAAUCGAAGAAGAGGAGGAUGAUUAUGACCAUGUAGGAGGUUGCGAGGCCAAUUAUGAUUCCGAAUUUGAGGAAGAAGAAGUGAGUUUUGAUAGAGAAACUUUCUCCAAGUUGUUGACAAGAGUUCCAUUGUCUGACACGAAACUGUAUUCUCAGCUGGCUUUUCUCUGCAACAUGGCAUAUGCGAUACCUGAAAUCAAGGCUCAAGACUUGAGGAAAUAUUACAACUUACAUUUUGUGACAUCUUCCUUGGAGAAGAAAGCUGAAGCUGCACUGAAAGUGAAGCUCGAUCAAGGCUCCACAAUGAGUGACAUACCCAUCUCCGCUUCUUUAAUUGAUGAACAAGUACUGGCGUAUUAUGAACAGCCCAAGCGUCUUGCCCGACCAUCUGUAGCUUAUAACAUUGCUGCAUCAGCAGCAACUUACGUUCAUUCUCGUGCAAAGGGUCUGCUUUCGUUGGGAUACAGUCCUCCCUCUAUGGACGAGGAUGCGGAGGUAGAGAGACAGAUUAAGAUGCGAGAGGAAUAUGGCGGUGAGUGCUCACCUCGAGUAUACAAGAAACCUGAGGUUGCAGCUUAUGUUGCAGCUUCAACGAUGACCACCAUGGUGGCUGCUGAGGAAAAUGUAAAGCAGGAAGCAGCUAAGGAACUCCAGUCAUUACAUUCCUCACCUUGUGAAUGGUUCAUUUGUGAUGAUCCAAGCACGUUUACUCGUUGCUUCAUCAUUCAGGGUUCAGACUCGCUGGCAUCUUGGCAGGCAAACCUCUUUUUUGAACCCACCAAAUUUGAGGGGACAGACGUUUUAGUUCACAGAGGCAUUUAUGAAGCAGCAAAGGGUAUAUAUGAGCAAUUCAUGCCAGAAAUCUUAAACCACUUGAGAACAUAUGGAGAUCUCGCGAAAAUUAGAUUCAUUGGUCAUUCCCUUGGAGGAAGCCUAUCACUCCUGGUCAACCUAAUGCUUUUAUCCAGAGGGGUACUGGAAUCAUCAACUCUACUACCAGUUGUCACCUUUGGCUCUCCAUCUGUAUUCUGCGGAGGUCACCGUGUCCUCGAAGAAUUGGGAUUGGAUGAGAAUCAUGUUCAUUCUGUUAUGAUGCACAGAGAUAUUGUGCCAAGAGCCUUCUCUUGCAACUACCCUAACCAUGUGGCACAAGUACUAAAGCGUCUCAAUGGAACCUUCCGUUCCCAUCCUUGCCUCAAUAAAAAUAAAAUGUUGUAUACUCCGUUGGGUCAGUUAUUCAUUCUACAACCAGAUGAGAAACUAUCUCCCUCACACCCUCUACUGCCACCUGGGGGAGCCUUAUAUGCCUUGGACAAGACUCAAUGUGGUUCACAUUUGGGCAUAAAAAGUGCCUUAAAAGCUUUUCUCAAUUCUCCUCAUCCAUUAGAGACUUUGAGUGAUCCUACAGCUUACGGUUCAGAAGGAACAAUUCUAAGAGAUCACGACUCGAGCAAUUACAUGAAGGCUAUGAAUGGUGUUCUCCGCCAACGAACGAAGCUUGUGGUAAGAAAGUCCAGGAAGGAGAGACUACACUAUUUGUGGCCACUUCUGACAACUUCACAAUCAUGGAGACAUCAACAACAUUUGGAGAGUCCUGAUUUGAUCACUAAAGAAGUUAUUAGUGGGGCAUGAAGAGUCAAGAUAUAUGUAAAAAAAAAUCUUCUAAUGUCCUGUAAAGGGUUGUUGUUGAGACAUUUCUAUGAUGGGUUGGAACCACUUGGUUCUCUACUUCUAGAUUUCAUGUACAUGUGUCUCAUAACUUCUCAUCAUGUGUCAUCUGGUUCUCUUGUUAAUAUUACUUUUCAGAGAAAAAAAAAAGAUUUA